ACUCCACAUCUCACAAUGUCUUUUACUGGGAAAUAUCAACUGGAAAGUCAGGAGGGGUUUGUGGAGUUCAUGAAGGCCAUUGGUCUUCCUGAUGAUCACAUCGAUUUCGGCAAAGAUAUUAAAAGUGUGUCUGAGAUUGAACAGAAUGGAGAUGAGUUUAAAGUCACUGUAACGACUGGACCCAAAGUCCUGAGCAACACUUUUACCGUCGGAAAAGAGACUGAGUUAGAAAGUCUCAUAGGAGGAAAAAUUAAGACUGUGGUGCAUAAAGAUGGCAACAAACUCACAGUCACUCUGGACAAAGUCACAUCAGUCACAGAGCUCGUGGACGCCAACACUCUUGUCAAUACCUUGACUAUGGGUAACAUUGUCUAUAAGAGGACCAGCAAACGUGUGGCAUGAUCACAAACUGUCCAUUAGAAAGAGCAAAGUGUUAAAAUAAUAAAACAACUUUUUUAUUAAAGUGAAAUAUUGUAAGA